AUGAGGGAUGUGUCCUGGCAGUUGCAAUCAGGACAAGUCUAUGCUGUCAAGGCCAGCGCUGACUGCUCUCAGGAGGCGGGAGGUUCUGAGACGAAGGCCGCUGUUGUGCCCUGGGUUGACCCGGUUGAUCCCGUCAACGGCUCCACCAUCGAAGUCUUCGUCGACCCCAGGUUGGCACAUCGCAUGCGCGCCGAGCGCGAGCGAGCCUUCUGGCUCUGCAUGGUGUCUGACCCGCCCGCCUGCUUAUGCAAGCUCGACGUUCCGAGCUUCGAGGCUGGCUCUCGCCUGGCCGCCCGCCUCUCCGAGAUGCUUCCGAAAUCGGUCGAAGGCUUCCUUAACGAGUGGCAGCUUUCCAUGGAGCUCCAGUGCCCGUCAGCAUGGGUGCCGGACUACUUGGUCGCUUUGCUGUUCACUUGGGCCAUCCUCCUCUUUGCCGUUGCCUGCGAAGCCUUGUGGCGAGCAGGCGCAGACACAGCCGCCGUUCCGCCUUGCGAAGGUGCCCUGGGCAGCUUGGGUGUUGUUGUCAGAAGACCUUGGGAGGAGGUGGGCCAGUGCUCCAAAGCUUUGAGCUUCGUCCUCUUGGGCCAGACCCUUCAGGCAUCCACCCUCGCAGUCCUCAUCCACACAGCAGCCUCGGAGUCACUGAUUUGGGGGAUCAGCUGCCUCGCGCUUGUCAUCAACAUCCUUGCGGUUUUGCGAUUCCACCACAUCGUCUGCAGGGCAAUGCUGGUGAACUCUCUCCUGGCGAAGGACAUCAUUCUCGCGGUGGAGACGUCCAAAGUCGCAGAGGUCUCGAUGAUCGGCAUUGUUAUCAUCUACUCUUCACUUGUGGUGGUGGGCAACUUGGGUGAGAUGAACAUGAUGGCUGUUGCCAGGCUCGUGGGCUAUGUCCUAGGCAACCUUGCAGGGCCUGUGUGGGCACUCAUUCACGCCAUUCGGGUACAGGAAGAGAGCAACCGCCUCAUCGCCGAGGUGCGCAUGCAAGGCACGGCUUAUGCUUCCUUGAAGAAGACUUCGGAGGCUUGUGCUCUGCCUUGGCCAGCCUUCGUGGAGGCGUGCAGGGGAGGCAGGGAUCCUGUGGCACUUGCAGAAGAGCUGAAGCCGGGACUUCCGGAAGACGGGGCAUUUUCGGGGAGCCGUUGCAACUUCAACUUCUUCAGAGAUCUUCUGUGGCACCGCCGUGUGGUCUUGGCUUGCACGGGGUCUCCUGCCGCCUACAUGCUCUUGCCCAGCUUCAUGCUCGCUAUGGCCUUGCUCUCAUCAUGCGGAGCUUUCGGAGCAGCAGGCUACCUGUGCUCCCGCGGAGAGCUUGAGAGUUUGCAGCCUGCGACCCUGGAGGACACGCUGGACUUCUCACCAUGGAGGGAUCGAUAUGUCCUGGUGCUGGAUACCAGCUUCCACGAAGUUGCAAUGAUCGCCACCACCGCGGCCACCACCAAGGAGCUUCAUUUCGAGCUGCCGGGCUUGCAAUCGAAGCAUCCUUCACCGCUGGCGGCGAACAUCGAUCUCAUGGGAGUGCCAGUGCCGAGGAUUGCAGCCUUCAUCGCCACGGGAUGGCGUGUCUCGCAACCGGCGAGGCGCUACAGCGUCCGCUUCGCACCCUUCCGCAUGCUCCCGACGCGUGUUAUGAUUUCUGAUCAAGCUGGUGGAUUCCAGCGUUGCCUCAGCUGGGGCACCCUGCCCGGGAGCAAGCUUAGCAUUCCAAGGCAAGCAGGCAACUUGACAGUCACCAUCUUCUUGACUGACUUCGUAGUUGGCGUUCCUACCCGAGCACCUGUGGGUGACCACCUGUGGACCGAGUAUGCCAGAAGUCUUCCAGAAACAUGCUCAGACACUUGUGAGAUCGAUCCUGAUUGCCUGUCUUCCUUCUUUGGAGUCGGAGGAUGCUUUUUUGCGAAGCACCAUCACGCCUUUCACGAGCAAUCGUGUUCAAGCAUCGACUCCGAGGCUCACACAACACAUGCGCACAACGACAUGCUCAGCCACUUGCACGGGUGUGCAGGGGCGCGACGGCAAUGUGGCCCUGGAGUACCAAUACGCGGCCACAUGGUCAACUUCGACCUCGUACACCCCGAUUGGCAAGCAAACGAUGAAGGGAGUUUGGAGUUCAGUCUUGCGCUGGUGGCGGAGGGUGUUCAGCAAACAGCUUCUGAUGUUCAGGAGCUGAGCUUACGCCGGGGGUCACCUCUGCCAUUCGACGUCUUGGUGCACCUGGAGGCGACGAUGCUCAACAACAGCACAAUGACCAUUCCAGUCAGUGCCCAUGUGGACAGCAGCGGCAACAUCAGCAUCACCGUCAGCCAGUACAAUCCCCUAGAUCUGCGAACUGGCAAGUCUGUGAGGUUGACCAUGGCGCCCGUCUUGGCCGACCGGGACUUCGAAGUCUCUUGGCUCCUCGAAGAGGAGCGUCCAGCCACCCCUGGCCCUGCAAGCUUCCAACGCUGCGCGGAGAGCAGCUUGCUGCGUGCGCGGCUUGCAGCCUGCAAAGGUCCUGCCCAGUGGCCUGUGCAGUUCUUGACUCUACCCCUCUCGCGUUUCAUGCCUGAGAGCGAGCUCAACGGCAUCGAGUUCAGCGUCUUGCCAAGACACAAGCAUGAAGAACCAAUGUUUCCAGGCAUGGAGAGCUUCCACGUGAGGGUGAGCUUCGACGGGGUGGACUCGCCAGCAGCAUGGGCUGCAGAGUUAGGCUGCUCGGUAGUUCACGACUGGGACAACACAGGUGUCUACGAGGCCGUCGUUCGAUCACCCGAUGCCUUUUGCAAGCUUCUGGAGCACGGCUGCCACGACCGGUCGAAGUUCAAGCAGCUCGAGAGUGAGUUCAAGCAUCUCUUCAAGUAUGCCCUCGCCAAGGACCAGUACCUGAAUGUGGCACAGCAAGUCCAGGGCUUCGCAUGUGCCUACCAAAACGGGGCUAUGUCCGACAAAAACCGAGCGUUCCAUGCAGUACACGGUUGGAGCUAUGUGCGAAAGCUGGGGCUCACAGGCUCCAAGUUUGGUCAAGAGCCCAAGAUUCAGUAUGUACGAAGGGAUGAUGAGAACGGCUAUGUCUACGCUGUUCCUGCGAUUCCUCUUCCCGUUUUUCUCUCAGCUAUUUCAUCCAUGGCCAUGCGUUCCGGCGCAUUACAAUUCUUGGAAUGGGUUUGUCAUGGCACAACAGGAAGUGCCAGCUCCAAGGGAGUCUCCGAGUGGCUCGUAGCUGCCGUGCAAACCGGUAGCACUGACGUGGCCACCGUGGUCCUCGAAUGUCUCAAGGAGCAUCCGAGCAGUGGCGUUGAUACAAAGCAGCUGGCCGAAGCAUUGUGGCUACAGGCGACCAGACGCAUUUUGGAGGGCGAGGAGGACCUUUCCAUGGUGAGAGUGCUUUCGUUGUGGAACCCUGCUGUCCUCAAGCGUGAAGUGAGUCUGCUGGUUCGCGACAAGAGGAUCCUGUGGUUUGAUCGUUUACUUGGAGCAGUUGGCGGGCGGGCGCUCCUUGAGAACUGGACCGACUGGUCUGUUGCGAUACAAGAGGGUUCGGCACUUGCGGAUUUACCCCAAAUUCUGACCCUCACGCCGCACUUGCGAGACUUGAGCAUCACUGCUAGCUCUCACAACAAGGUCCAUGCCCUGCCGGAGUACACGAUGCAACCAGGUGGCUUCUUCCAGGUGCUCCGUCGGCUCAAGGAUUUGGAAACACUCACUUUCGUUCCUCACAUGGAUGCAAGAACCACCGACGGCUUUCUGGAAGCAAUCCGGCACUUGCGGCUCAGGACGCUUGCACUUUAUCAUAUGACAUACUCCCAUAGUAAUAGCCGGCUUCUGCAGCACGUGAACGCAGAAGGUAUCUGUCUGUGGCCCGAAGCAGAUGCCCGAGCUUUCGCACAAGAUCUGGGAGGUAGUGUGGAGUGGACCCACAUGAUGCUUUCAAUCCAGAACUUUUCGGAUGCUUCCGUCAUACUGGCCCGAUCGCCGCGGCUGCAGAGAGUGGCUUUGCAGUUCUCGUCUACGCCGACAGUAUCUGAGUGGAAGCAUUUCCUAGCGGUCGCCAGAGAGCUUCGUGAUCUCCGUGUGCUGACCUUCUGGGCACGUGGAGGCCAAGCCUGCUUCCUGUCUGGCGAAGCCGAAGAAGCUGGCCGCGAGUUCGCGCGCUUGCCCUCCAGCUUGCAGUGGAUCCGUUUCGGCCAAUGCGGAGGGAAGACUGACCUCCCCCCAGCAGUACGAAAGCAUGUGCCUAAGUCAGUGCAAUGUAUCAGCCGUGCCUUCUUUUGUCACCAGCUCUGGGACAGCCCCAAGCGCAAGCCUUGCUACUGA